AGCUGCCGGCGGGCGGGAGGGUGGACGGACAGACUGACGGGAGGGACGGGAGGCGAGCAAGAUGGCGCAGACUCAGGGCACCAGGAGGAAAGUCUGUUACUACUACGACGGGGAUGUUGGAAAUUACUAUUAUGGACAAGGCCACCCAAUGAAGCCUCACCGAAUCCGCAUGACUCACAAUUUGCUCCUUAACUAUGGUCUUUACCGAAAGAUGGAAAUCUAUCGCCCUCACAAAGCCAAUGCUGAGGAGAUGACCAAGUACCACAGUGAUGACUACAUUAAAUUCUUGCGCUCCAUCCGCCCAGAUAACAUGUCUGAGUACAGCAAGCAGAUGCAGAGAUUUAACGUUGGUGAGGACUGUCCGGUAUUUGAUGGCCUCUUUGAGUUCUGUCAGCUAUCUACUGGUGGCUCUGUGGCAAGUGCCGUGAAACUUAAUAAGCAGCAGACGGACAUCGCUGUGAAUUGGGCUGGGGGCCUACACCAUGCAAAGAAGUCCGAGGCAUCUGGCUUCUGUUACGUCAAUGAUAUCGUCUUGGCCAUCCUGGAACUGCUAAAGUAUCACCAGAGGGUGCUGUAUAUUGACAUUGAUAUUCACCACGGCGAUGGCGUGGAAGAGGCCUUCUAUACCACAGACCGAGUCAUGACUGUGUCCUUUCAUAAAUAUGGAGAGUACUUCCCAGGAACUGGGGACCUACGGGAUAUUGGAGCUGGCAAAGGCAAGUAUUACGCUGUUAACUACCCGCUCCGAGAUGGGAUUGAUGACGAGUCCUAUGAGGCCAUUUUCAAGCCGGUCAUGUCCAAAGUAAUGGAGAUGUUCCAGCCCAGUGCAGUCGUCUUACAGUGUGGCUCUGACUCCUUGUCUGGUGAUCGGUUAGGUUGCUUCAAUUUGACCAUCAAAGGGCACGCCAAGUGUGUGGAAUUUGUGAAGAGCUUCAACCUGCCUAUGCUGAUGCUGGGAGGAGGUGGCUACACCAUUCGUAAUGUCGCCCGGUGCUGGACAUACGAAACAGCUGUGGCCCUGGACACAGAGAUCCCUAAUGAGCUUCCAUACAACGACUACUUCGAAUACUUUGGACCAGAUUUCAAACUUCACAUCAGUCCUUCCAAUAUGACUAACCAGAACACUAAUGAGUACCUGGAAAAGAUCAAACAGCGACUGUUUGAGAACCUGAGAAUGCUGCCCCACGCGCCUGGGGUCCAAAUGCAGGCCAUUCCUGAGGAUGCCAUUCCAGAGGAGAGUGGCGAUGAGGAUGAAGAAGACCCUGACAAGCGCAUUUCAAUCUGUUCCUCGGACAAACGAAUUGCCUGUGAGGAAGAGUUCUCCGACUCUGACGAGGAGGGAGAAGGCGGUCGCAAGAACUCUUCCAACUUCAAAAAAGCCAAGAGAGUCAAAACAGAAGAUGAGAAAGAGAAAGACCCAGAAGAGAAGAAAGGGUCAAGGAGGAGGUCAAGUUGGCCUGAACAGACCUCUCCAGUCUGGCUUCUUGCCAAGUUCCCCACCUUUAUCCCACAACCCCUCAGAUUUUAUAUUUUCUAUUUCUCUGUGUAUUUAUAUAAAAAUAUAUUAAAUAUAAAUAUCCCCAGGGACUAGACAGGAACCAGGGCCCUGAGCUCAGGGCACACGUGUUAGGUGAGCUUUUCUAGUAGCUGCCUUGCCACCCAUCCCUCCCGAACUCUUUAAUUUUGAACCAUAACGGAUGCCAGGUCUGGGUGGAAGGGAUACACUUAAAGCAGCCAUAGGACAAAAUCUUGAAGUGCCUGCUUUGAAAAGGUGCCCUUAUUGAGCAUUUUAGAAGGGGUGGCUGGGUCUUCAGGGACUCCCUGUUGUUCUCAGGCUCUUGUCAUCAGCCAUUCUUAGAUUGAUUCUGUUCUCAUACCUUCCCACUGGCCCCCAGUGAGCCAAGAAACUCACACUGCCUGCCCUCUCUGUCCUCCCCCCAAUUCUGCAGAUGAAGAUUGGUAGUCUAGUUUCCUUUUUGAGAUACUAUUUUCAUUUUUGUGAGAAUCUUUGUAAUAAAAUGGUACAUUUCUACACCCUCCUGA